UCGUCCGAACGACUCGUCUCUUCAUCCCAAGUCGCCUGUUCGCCCAUUGCACCUCAGACAACUGUCUUUCUCGACGACCUCGUUUCCUCGCCAGUCAGCAACUAGCACUAGCGAAAAAGUGAAGUCAUCGUCGCACAACUACGAUACAUAACGGCCCAGACUACCGUAGUCUCCCCAAGACGAUCUACGGCCAAAGACCAACGGCACCACUACACGUCUCGUGACCAGCUCGAUUUCGCCUCACAGGCCUCUGCCCAUUCCAAACACUGAGGCCUGUCCGGCCUCCAGAGCCUGAACCCUUUGUCUGCAGAUUCGAAGCGUCCGUCCCGCGUCGCAACCUCAACCGAGUGACAGCAAAGGCAUCUGCCAUCAACAGACCACCAUGGCCGAUUACCAAGGUCAAAGCAGCAAUGAUGCUGCCCCUAAGGCCAACCCAGGUAUCCAGGCACCCCAGCUCCAACAAGGACCAUCCCCCGUUCCCACAAUGGCGCCAGCCCCCGCACCCCUCCUCCGGCCAGCCAUCCCCGGCGCUCGCCCCGGUGGUCGGGGUCCCCCACGUCUUGGCCUUGCGAUCCCCCCGUCCCUAAGUGUCAAGCCCGUUGGCAACCCCGGCGCACCUCCGGCGCGUGCGGCGCCACCACAACUCAAACUCGCUACCCCCAUGGGUAGCACCACAAUACCACAUGAGCAACCUGCCGGACGACCAGGUGCCCAAGGCUAUAGCGCUAGCGGCGCCAGCGAUAGCAGUGCGGCCCAUAGCAGGAGUGGCAGCUUUGGCCCCGAGAGCAACCCUACCAGCGCCGACACCCGGUACAGCAAUGUUUCGUUUAUGGGCGCACAAAGGCCACACGGCACACCAGACCCCGUCUCUGCAGUUGGUUCUCUGUACUCCAAUGCCAGCGAGGGAGGUGUGGGUAUGGAACGAGAAAACAGCCUGCAUGGAUUGGAAGCAUUCGAUCAGCUUACACUGGAGAAAGCGAGGACACUAGAUGUCGAAGAGCUUGAUGACGAUGGGUGGAGGAUCGCCAUGAUGGAGAAGAGAGUCGAGGAGUUGGGACCCCUAGGCGAGGGCGCGGGAGGUGCGGUCACCAAAGCCAGGUUGAAGGGCGGCAAGACCGUAUUUGCGCUCAAGAUCAUCACAGCAAACCCCGACAAGGACGUUGCCAAGCAAAUCGUCCGUGAACUAGGGUUCAAUAAGCAGUGUGCCUCCGAGCACAUCUGUCGGUACUUCGGCGCCGUUGUCGACACCCAGUCCGCGACCAUCUCCAUUGCCAUGGAGUAUUGCGAAGGCGGUUCUCUGGACAGUGUCUACAAGGAAGUCAAGAAGCUCGGCGGGCGCACAGGAGAAAGAGUCCUGGGCAAGAUUGCCGAGGGCGUCCUCCACGGAUUGACCUAUCUCCACAGCAAGAAGAUCAUUCACCGUGACAUUAAGCCUAGCAACAUCCUUCUUUGCCGCAACGGCGAGGUCAAGCUUUGCGAUUUCGGUGUCUCGGGCGAUUAUGGCACGAAUGGCGCGGCCAACACGUUCAUCGGUACCAGUUAUUACAUGGCGCCUGAGCGAAUCACGGGCCAGUCAUAUACCAUCACCUCGGACGUCUGGUCUUUGGGUGUUACCCUGCUCGAGGUUGCACAGCACCGAUUCCCCUUCCCCGCGGACGGUACCGACUCACAACCCCGUGCCGGUCUUAUCGAUCUUUUGACGUACAUCGUCCGUCAGCCUGUGCCAAAGCUGAAGGAUGAGCCUGAUGCGAACAUUUUCUGGACUGACAAGUUUAAGUACUUCAUUGACUGCUGCUUGGAGAAGGACCCCAACCGCAGAGCGAGCCCUUGGCGUAUGCUCGACCACCCCUGGAUGUUGGAGAUACGAUCAAGGCGUGUCAACGUGGCCCGUUUCUUGGCCACGGUAUGGGGCUGGGAGGAUGAGAAGGAAGGAAAGGCAUAGUGUGUCUGCGGUGGGAACAAUCGAUCGAAACCGGCGAGUUCAGUUCAUAGGUCACGGAAAUCUUGCAAACGCCGGAAGCACAACAGUCGUGUACCGGAAGACAUCGGGAUCGCCUC